AUCCCCUGCAUUUCAUGGCUCGCCUGCCAAUGACAGCAAGAGGUCAGAGGUCAGGAAGUCUCGAGGCAGUAGUCUCACCAGUCUGGGGGAGAGUACUGCGUCAGAGAGGAGGGGCUCCAAACAGCAGCCUGGGACCAGGAGAGUGUCAUCUCAGGUCAAUUACUUGAAAGACUGUAUCAAGCUUCCAUUACAUUUUUGACUGCUUAUUCACCUAUCUGGUUUCUGCUGUGAAAGAAACAGUUCAUUACUUUUUGCACACUAUCCACCCAUUUCCUGUUCAUGACUGAAAACACAAUGUAAUUACAUCUAACUUGUUUCCAAAACAUGUUCAACCAACAAAGAAAUAUCUGAAUUUGUACUUUUUUGUAAUUUAACUGACACUCUCAUCCAUAGCUAGGUGGGACCACACAUCACAGUCAUAGUAAAUACAUUUUUCCUCAAUAAAGUAGCUAUCAGCAGUCAGAGCUGGGGGAAAAGUGUAUAGGUCUAUACAAAUGAAUAAUAAUGUUGAAUAAUAAGAAUGUUGUUCAUUUAUCUUGACAAUUCAGCAAUAUCUUCUAAACCAGCAGUAAAUUGUCUCUCAAACCCUCUGUGUGGAUAGGAUAGGAUCAUCUCACUAGAGAUGUGGGCUCUGAGAGCGGUCACCUGACUCCUGCAGCACCCAGUCCCUUCCACCAGAUGGCCACAGCGAGUCCACACUGUGUCAGGGGAGGACAAGGGACAGAGUGACCGUUCCACCUGAACACCCAAUCCCCAGCACUGCUACCAGCCAAGCCUCGGGCCCUGAGCUCUGGUCAGUUGACUAAUCGUACUACUCCAGCCCAGUGAUAAAGGCAGCUCCAUCCCACCCCCAGCCCAUCUAUGUGUCUCUGAGUGGGGGUGUGGCCUCUGGGGUCAGGAGUCGUGAGCAGGUCAGAGGUGGAUCUGGCCGUUCCGUCUGCUGACCUGCACUCUCUGAACCAUACCAUUGAGGCGGCCAGGGAGAUGAGGGAGGCCUCCAAACGCAUGGCCCGCUCCAUCGCCACUGGACUGCACCACCAGAAGGCGCGGUCACAGUCCUGCAUGCACAGAUGGAUCAGACCAGAAAUACACCAGGGUUGUAUUUAUUAGGCACCAAGCAGAAGAAAACCGACUGAAACAGGGAGGGACUUCACGCUCUCUGUAGCCGACGUGAGUAAGACCUUUAAACAGGUCAACAUGCACAAGGCUGCGCGGCCAGACGGAUUACCAGGACAUGUGCUCCGGGCAUGUGCUGACCAACUGGCAGGUGUCUUCACUGACAUUUUCAACAUGUCCCUGAUUAAGUCUGUAAUAUCAACAUGUUUCAAGCAGACCACCGUAGUUCCUGUGCCCAAGAACACAAAGGCAACCUGUCUAAAUGACGACAGACCCGUAGCACUCAUGUCUGUAGCCAUGAAGUGCUUUGAAAGGUUGGUAAUGGCUCACAUCAACAACCAUUAUCCCAGAAACCCUAGACCCACUCCAAUUUGCAUACCGCCCCAAACAGAUCCACAGAUGAUGCAAUCUCUAUUGCACUCCACACUGCCCUUUCCCACCUGAACAAAAGGAACACUUACGUGAGAAUUCUAUUCAUUGUCUACAGCUCAGCGUUCAACACCAUAGUACCCUCAUCACCAAGCUAAGGAUCCUGGGACUAAACACCACCCUUUGCAACUGGAUCCUGGACUUCCUGACAGGCCGCCACCAGGUGGUAAGGGUAGGUAGCAACACAUCUGCCACGCUGAUCCUCAACACUGGAGCUCCCCAGAGGUGCGUGCUCAGUCCCCUCCUGUACUCCCUGUUCACCCACGAAUGCAUGGCCAGGCACGACUCCAACACCAUCAUUAAGUUUGCAGACGACACAACAGUGGUAGGCCUGAUCACCGACAAGGAUGAGACAGCCUAUAGGGAGGAAGUCAGAGACCUGGCCGGGUGGUGCCAGAAUAACAACCUAUCCCUCAACGUAACCAAGACUAAGGAGAUUAUUGUGGACUACAGGAAAAGGAGGACCGAGCACGCCACCAUUCUCAUCGACGGGGCUGUAGUGGAGCAGGUUGAGAGCUUCAAAUUCCUUGGUGUCCACAUCAACAACAAACUAGAAUGGUUCAAACACACCAAGACAGUCGUGAAGAGGGCACGACAAAGCCUAUUCCCCCUCAGGAGACUGAAAAGAUUUGGCAUGGGUCCUGAGAUCCUCAAAAGAUUCUACAGCUGCAACAUUGAGAGCAUCCUGACUGGUUGCAUCACUGCCUGGUACGGCAACUGCUCGGCCUCCGACCGCAACGUACUACAGAGGGUAGUGCGUACGGCCCAGCACAUCACCGGGGCUAAGCUGCCUGCCAUCCAGGACCUCUACACCAGGCAGUGUCAGAGGAAGGCCCUUAAAAUUGUCAAAGACCAAAGCCACCCCAGUCAUAGACUGUUCUCUCUACUACCGCAUGGCAAGCGGUACCGGAGUGCCAAGUCUAGGACAAAAGGCUUCUCAACAGUUCAGUGACUCCUGAACAGAUAAUCAAAUAGCUACCCAGACUAUUUGCGUUGUGUGCCACCACCCCCAACCCCUCUUUUUACGCUGCUGCUCUCUGUUUAUCAUAUAUGCAUAGUCACUUUAACUAUACUUUCAUGUAUAUACUACCUCAAUUGGGCUGACCAACCAGUGCUCCCGCACAGAGUCUAACCGGGCUAUCUGCAUUGUGUCCCACCCACCGCCCGCCAACCCCUCUUUUACGCUACUGCUACUCUCUGUUCAUCAUAUAUGCAUAGUCACUUUAACCAUAUCUACAUGUACAUACUACCUCAAUCAGCCUGACUAACCGGUGUUUGUAUGUAGCCUCGCUACUGUAUAUAGCCUGUCUUUUUACAUUUGUUUUAUUUCUUUACCUACCUAUUGUUCACCUAAUACCUUUUUUGCAGUAUUGGUUAGAGCCUGUAAGUAAGAAUUUCACUGUAAGGUCUACACCUGUUGUAUUCAGUGUAACAGUAUAACUUUACGUCUGUCCCCUCGCUCCGACACGGGCGCGAACCAGGGACCUCUCGCACACAUCAAUAACGGUCGCCCACGAAGCAUCGUUACCCAUCGCUCCACAAAGGCUGCGGCCCUUGCAUAGCAAGGGGCAACACUACUUCUAGGUUUCAGAGCAAGUGACGUAACUGAUCGAAACGCUAGUAGCGCGUACCCUAUAGCCAUUUCACAUCCGUUACACUCACCCCCCUUUCAACCUCAUCCUUUUCCGCAGCAACCAGUGAUCCGGGUCAACAGCAUCAAUGUAAAAGUAUAACUUUAAACCGUCCCCUCGACUGACACGCUAGUAGAGCGUACCCACUAGCCAUUUCACAUCCGUUACACUCACCCCCCUUUCAACCUCCUCCUUUUCCGCAGCAACCAGUGAUCCGGGUCACGGCACCAAUGUAACAGUAUAAGUUUUCGUCUGUCCCCUCGCCCCGACACGGUCGCGAACCAGGGACCUCUCGCAAACAUCAAAAACGGUCGCCCACGAAGCAUCAUUACCCAUCGCUCCACAAAGGCCGCGGCACUUGCAGAGCAAGGGGCAACACUACUUCUAGGUUUCAGAGCAAGUGACGUAACUGAUUGAAACGCUAGUAGCGUGUACCCGCUAGCCAUUUCACAUCCGUUACAUCAGCGCACGUGACAAAUAAACUUUGAUUUGAAGCCAGAGAUAUUCUGCAGGAUCUUAAUGAAAAAUGGGAACCGUGAACCUGAAAUGAGUGUCAACUCACAGAUACAGCACAGAUACACCACAAUGAAGAAUAGCAUAAUUGCAACAGAGUAGCUUACAAUGUAGCUAAGAAUGUGAAGAGUCUUGUCCUUGUAAUGGAAGCCAAUUUAUUAGACAGCCUUAGUACAUUGGUACACAUGAAGUAUACUUUUGUUUGUGCUUCAACACUUGCAAAUAUAGAAUCCCAAUAAGUUAAACCGGUUUAGGACAGACUUAUGUUUCAAUUAUUAAUAUUUCUUCCCUCUGACAAAUAACUUGGAUAUAAAUUAAUUGAAUAGACAGUGAACCCUUUACAACAGCAACUGAUAAUAGAAAAAAUGAAAUAAAUUGUUGGCAUAACAGAAAACGCAUAGUGCUAUCAAUAUACAACCUGUUUUGCCAGGAAAUAGAGAGGAAAAAUGGAGAAAUAAAAUGUUCGAAAUAUUGGGGUUACAUUUUCUUUGCAAAGCCAUUCACCAUUGGAAGAGUUAAAAUGUACCAGAAGAUAAAACUAACGGACAGACAAACAAAAUAUAGAUAUUAGUUCUUUUCCCAGUUGACCACUACAGCUACAGCUAAAACAUCACCAACACAUGACUUCACAUUGGCAUUUUUUAAAGGAAAUCUUUUACUACUUCACAGUCAGAAACAUCACCAGUCAAGAGUGAGACACUAAAACAUCAACAUAUGGCAUAUACACAACAUACUACUCAGUGCAUGACCCGGUUAAACAUUUUGAUACUAACCAAUGAUAAGACUUACAAUGUGACAGGAUACAAUACUGAAAUACAAAUCGGCCCUUUAUGAUUAUUCUUUAAACAUCUGCAAGCAAUGGCCUUUUGACACUCAACCGUGAAAUCUCUCCAGAGAAAAGGAAAAGAAUGUGGUGAGUAAAUACUUCUUGUCUUAUGGCUGGAGGAAGGAUGCUUCUACCAUUCUGUAGCUAUUUACAGAGUCCCGUUUUUCUCUAUCCUCAGACCUAGGGUCAGUUUGGCUGUUUGUUACUGUCUAACUCACAGAUAGCACUGUGAUUAAAGGAUCUCUUGUGUUGCUUGGUCUCAGUAUUGCCAUACUAAAGGAUAUACAGUAACAGUCCACACAAUGUUCAGGCAUGCUACCAGGGAUGGAAAUUAAGCUAGCCUGCUAGCCUAUGGCUAGUACUUUUCAGACCGGGCUAGUAGAAAAUGUGCCCAACUAGUCCAACGGCUAGUGAAAUGUUGUAUUUUCAAAUAUCGCAUGGCACAGAUUUUGGACUAGUAAAAAUUGCGGUCUACUAGCCUGGCUGGUCAGUGCCCAAAUCCUUAGGUUCCAUCCCUGUAUGCUCCUGAUACAAAUGUCUUGACCAGCUCGGAUUCUCCCCCCUAAUAGGACAGGGAUGAGUUAUAUUGCAUGUUGAGUGAUAUGAUCUUACUGCAUUGACUUUCCUAGUGCCAACCAACUCCAGUAAGCCAUCCCUCCUCCACCCACUACCAAUAAAAAUCACACCAAUAAGAUAAACUGAGGGAACAGAGAAAACCUCUACGUUUUACACAUUCUAGCAGGUUUCAUAGCAUACAAUAUUACAUUUGGUACUUUCAGUUUCAAAUGACCUUAGUUGAUAUUUAAACCUUUUUUAAAUAAGUUCCAUUAUUUGCAUCCAUUGUAAAACAUGAGAAUACUUGCAACAUGAUUUUAUUUCUGUUUCAACAUAUAUUUUUUUCACCAAUGCUAUCAUUGUUUUAUAUUUUUAUUCUUCUCGUGCAAGAUGAGAUGCUUUCACAAUUCAUGAAGGAUUUUGGGGAGGGUGACUGGGGGAUGUGUAGGGUAGAGGAAAGGAGAUAGAUAGAUGGGGCUGGGUGA